AUGGGUAUGAUAUCGCGUGAGAUACACCAUCGUAAGAUGGAUACAACCAUGGUAACAACGCCUCCGACGCAUCCGACUAUGGCAACAACGCAUCCGACUAACGUAUUUGACAAGCGAGCUGGCCACACAAGCGAGCUAGCUAGCCCCACUAUUCGCUACCCCCAUAUCACACCAGACCAAAGACGCAUGGCUCUCCAGCUCCUCUCAGAUCUUCAUCUCGAGUCACCAAAAGGAUACGACAUCUUCCCCAUCGUCCCUUGCGCACCGCGCCUUGCCCUCCUCGGCGACAUUGGCACCGUCACACCUCACAAAGUCGACUUCCUAGCCUUUCUCACCCGCCAACUCAAGCAAUUCCGCACGGUACUCUUCGUGCCCGGGAACCAUGAAUCCUACUCUUCAGACUGGCCCACCGCUCUCGCAAUAUUGCGAGAAUUUGAGAAGACCAUACAGUGUGAAAAUGAUAGCGCGCUCGGAGACUUCAUCUUGCUUGAUCGCACUGCGUUCAAACUACCAGACACUAAUGUCACGAUCUUAGGCUGCAGUCUUUUCUCUCACAUACCGCCUGGGAGCGAAAUGGCUGUUAGCAUGGGUUUGAACGAUUUCUUCCAGACGGAGAGCUGGGAUGUGGAAAUGCACAACGCGGCGCACAAGCGAGAUGUUGAAUGGCUGAACGCCCAGGUCGCUGCGCUCGAGCAUGGCAACUCUAAGAUAAUCAUUCUCACGCACUGGAGUCCAUCAAGAGACCCUCGCUCAAGCGACCCGAAGCACGCUGCUAGUCCUAUCUCGAGUGCCUUCUCGACGGACUUGUCGGAUCAGCCCUGCUUCCAAAGUGGGAAGGUAAAACUAUGGGGGUUUGGUCAUACACACUUCAAUUGCGAUUUUUUGGUUGAGCGAGGCGCAGAUGUAGGAUCACUAAGACUGGUAACAAAUCAGAGAGGAUACUAUUUCGCCCAGGCCGACGGAUUUAAUGAAAAGAAGACGGCCUUUCCGGAUGUUGCGGGAUGGGGUUCCACCAGCCGCCUUCGCCCCAUACGUCGGCUGGCAGACACUCGCUUAUGGUCCACUUAG